AUGCUCGGCGUCCUAUAUUUUCUCGGACUCAAUGCCGAGAAUGCUCGGGGCCUUCACCACUUGCCUCGCUUUCUCUUCUUCACCUGGUGCGAUCAUAUGAAGACUCUGGAAGGAUUCCAAACGACAUACAUCCCGGAUUCUGCAGCAAGAACGGGUAAUGAUGCAGUUCAUGCCGAAAAGCAGACACCCGAGACAGUAUUCGCCCUCAAAUGGAUACAAAUUCGAAUCGCGGAAUAUAAUUCUGUGCUGAUAACAAGCAUAGCAAUAUUUGCCCUCGCAGGAGCAGCAAUUUUCUCAGACACUAUUGCCUCAGCAGUAUGGAUGUCAAGAUUCGUUUUCUACGUUUCUAUGAUUUUCUCCUUCACUGCUGUUUGCAAAGCUUAUCAGCAAACACGCAUGCUACUUCGUAUCAGUUGUUGUUCUGAUCCAGCACCACGAAUGCGAUGCCAACUAGGCAAUGUGAUCGCGUAUCUCCUCAUUCCUGUUGCUUUCUACGCGGCAAUGGAGUUUUAUUCCUCGAGUGUUCUUAUGUAUCGAAGUAUCGAGUAUAAUGAGAGGAUACAAGCUGCUGUAUAG